AUGUCCAGUCUCGAAAUCCAUAGGCUAAACUUCUUGACCAGGCUGUCAUUUACGCAAGGCCUACUGCUCGGCCAACUGUCUGUUGUCCUGCUGAUAGGCGCGUUUAUCAAGUUCUUCAUAUUCGGUGAAGCCCCUUCCUCGUCCUCAAGAGGCAUAUCGCAACGAGCGGCACCUCGCAAACGAUCAUAUUCUGCCAACAGUACACUAUUCCGAGAUGCAGCUUCAAGAUCGCUUAAAGAAUCGGCCUCAUCAAACGUCUUGCGUCCCGUUCCCUCCUCGUCCACAAAUACCAAGUCUAUCCUCCGAAAAACUUACUACAAUGCCAUCCCUACCAAUUUCCAGAAAAAUGGUCGGAAUCGUCUCCAUCAUUCUACUCACCAACCAGAAUCAUUGGAUUGGUUUAAUGUUUUGAUUGCUCAGUUGAUCGCUCAGUACCGACAAACUGCAUAUUUGCUGAAAGAUUCCCCCACGUCAUCGAUUCUUGACUCUCUUACAGAGACACUAAACAACGUGGAAAAGAAACCAUCAUGGAUUGAUCGGAUUAAUGUUACAGAUAUUUCAAUCGGCGAAGAGUUUCCUAUCUUCAGCAACUGUCGUGUUAUUGCCGUCGAUGAUCCAAAUUCAGAUGGGGGGAGGUUACAGGCGUUGAUGGAUGUUGAUUUAAGCGACGACAAUUUGUCACUCGCGAUUGAGACUAACUUGCUACUGAAUUACCCAAAGCCGGCUUCUGCCGUCCUACCGGUUGCUUUAUCAGUAUCAGUUGUACGCUUUUCCGGAACCUUAUGUAUAUCGUUUGUUCCUAGUCCAGGUACAACAUCAGAGAGCAGUCCCAACCCGCCGUCUCAUUCAGAGGGCCAGAAUGAACCCCGACCUGGGCAAGAGGAUCCUGGAAGGCCCAGUAGCAAGGAUGGAGUCCGAUCGGGAAUACCCAAAACAAGCCUUGCAUUUUCAUUUCUACCUGACUACCGUUUAGACAUUUCUGUUAGAUCACUCAUUGGGUCACGGAGCAGGCUCCAGGAUGUCCCCAAGGUUGCGCAACUCGUUGAAGCACGAGUUCAGUCGUGGUUUGAGGACCGUGUAGUAGAACCCCGCGUGCAACUAGUUGCCUUACCAGGGAUAUGGCCACGGAUGGGUCGUACUGGUGUUCGCGCGCAAGAAGACCAUGAUGCUGUCUCUGUCGACUCGGAUGAUCCCGAAGCGAAGGCAGCACAAAGUGGGUUCACUCCUGUUAAUGCAAACCGUGAUGGACCACAGACGUCCAGGGAUCUAAAUAUGGACGGGCUGAGGUAUCGGCGGGGUAAUGAAGGGGGUCAGUCUACGGCAGACAGCUAUGAAAACCUAUCUCAAGGUGACGGUCACCCACGGCCGACAUCUGGUGAGCAGUUUAGGAUACCCGGAUCAUUGCCAGGCACAUCUGCUAUAGCAUGA